AUGUGCGAUGAAGCAAGGUGUUUUAGAGAAGAACAACUAUCAAUCUGUGUGAGGUAUGUAGUUGGCUUAGAAGUACAUGAACGAUUUAUGGGGUUUGUAAAUGUUUCUGGUGGCCAGGAUGCUAGUAGUAUAGUAACUGCUAUAAACAAUUUUUUUACACUCCAACAAAUUGACACCAAAUCGUUGAGUAUCAUUGCACAAUCGUAUGAUGGAGCGAGUGUCAUGUCAGGAAAACUCAAUGGUGUUCAAGCGAAAAUAAAAGAAAUACAUCCGUGUGCAAUUUACACGCAUUGUAUGGCACAUCGACUCAACUUAGUUGUGGUAGAUUUUUGUAAAAAUAUUAAGAGUGCACGCAAUGUAUUCAAUGUCUUAGAGGCUGUAUAUGUUCACUUUUCCCAUCCAUCUAACAACUUAAAACUAUCAGAAAUCCAGGCAAACCUCGGUUUGAAAAAAGGAAAUAUUUUAAGAGUAUGUGAUAUUGUGGAUGAUCAAGCAGAUAAAGAUGUUACUCGAGCAAUAGGAAUUUUAAGCUCAAUUCAAAAAUGUGAUUUUAUAAUAGUAAUUACUAUUCUUAAAGAAGUGUUGUGCAUCAUAAAUCAUCAACUCUUGGUUUCUCUAAAAAUGUUAUUUUUGGUGUGA